AUGCUUAUUUCGUCCUUUACCUCGCUCCCAUUAUUCACUGCUGCUUUUGCCAUCAGUGGAAUAAUUGGUGGGAGUACAGCACGAGUGAUAAAUGGACGUCAAACAUACACCCGUGCAUUGGUUGCGAAGGAUGCCGCGAGCACUUUGAAGACCGAUGUCGAUUGCGACUCGGCAUUCUACCAGCUACUGAGCGCUCCUAUACAUAUCAGCGAUACUCAGUCCCAGACGAUUGAGCUCAAAGCCAAUUGCGGGUUGUCUUGGAAUGUCACCAACGCCGCGGACGUCACUUCCUGGUUCGUCAACGAUGGCGACAUGUCGGCAUUUACACAAGACAGCAGCGUUGCCCAGGCUAUCGUAGUCGAUGAUAAGUUACUGACCAUCCGACUUGAUGCCUUAAGCAUCACUGGCUUCAUCUCCAAUGGUCCAAGUACCUUAACAGUUCGGCCGCCAUAUGGAGCAUUGAAGAAUGCCGGGCAGACUGUCUACAAGCCGACAAGCACAACGGUCGGGAGAUACCUCGUUCCAAAGCUGAGCAUUGUCAGCAACAUCACAGGCAGCGCCUACACCCACGCCAAGAGCACGCUGAAGGAGAUGUUCGGAGUCGAUGUCACAUAUAAUGCGGACACACAUGCAAAGCUGCUACUGGAGCUGCCGGGUUUGGAAGACUCAAAGAUCGGCUAUGAAAAUGCCACCGUUACCCUCGCAGACGGCGAUGGUUACUACACUUCCGAGUACAUCCUCAAGUCCGACAAGUUGACAGGGUCUUGGAUUAAUGGAGGGACCACUUAUUCUCUGCAACAAGGCGACAUGGUCAUCAAUACAGGUGAUUAUCUCAUCAAAGACUCUGAUAGUGGUCGCGAAUGGAGCUGUCUAGGAGGCGACGGACGGGGCAACUAUAUUUUCAACCUGAAGGUAGCCGGAAUCACCUACAAAGGACUACCGGUGGCCGCCCAGACGUUCCGCACCCACGUCUACAUCUACGGCUACAACUAUACCAGCGACGCACUUACAAAGUAUGGCGCAGGCACCACUGUACAGGCCGUUCUUGAGCCACUGAGCAAGAAAGUCGCCAAUCCGCCGAAGCGCGGUAACGUGCCGGUAUACACUUGGGUUGGCAACGGCGACAAGCCCAACCUUGCCGAUGCCCAGGCCGACGACGUCUACAUCACCUGGCCCGUUGGCACAGACGCGUCUAUGAUCAAGGCCGGUGACGUGCAAAUUAUUCUUUCUAGCGACCAAGGCGACAAGCUUGCCUUGGAGGCAAGCAACGACUUUGUGAUUAGCACCUCUAGCAGCGAGACGCAAAUUGCAAUCACUUUGCAGAACUGGCCAUUUGAACCAGUGUACACUACAAUGACAAUCACUGUGAGCGGAGGAAAUCUCAAGGGUACGAAGCAAUCGGUGGCUUCUCUUACCAAAACGUACGACAUCGCUAGUGUGUACGUCUACCUUGCUCAGCAGGGCGGCGGUGGCACCACCAUCGAUGGCACUGUGACCGCAUACAGUUUCUACGGGCUUGCAAACCUCACCCAAGUGAGCCAGAUCGCAGAGGGCGCUAACUACACUCUGGGUACUACCAUCGAUGGAGUGCAGAAGUAUUACGCGGAAACGGCCAGUGGCAGUGGCAUUUUAGUCAACACAACGGCGGCCGCCGAUGUAUAUGAUGGGUCCGGUGUCGAGGACAUGAAUGUGCAACUAAUUGGUAACACCGUUUACAUCACCACAAGGGUCAAUGCGACGGCCACAGAAAAAGUCGACGGUUUACCAGUCACUUUCACUAAGACCUACGCUGGUGGUGCCACCCUCUCCCCAGAUGCUGCCAGCCCAUACCUCUCAGGCCAACCCGGAUAUGUCCUCAACAAGACGUCAGACACUUGGAUCUAUCACGAGAAAUGGGCAUGGCAGAGCAGCAUCGAAGCCGGCUGGGGCGGGAUUGACGUCCAGCCAUAUACUGGCAAGUUCGAAUGGAGUCUCGCCAAGGGUGCGAGUCAGCAGUUCAACUCCAGUGUCCCCUCGGUCACCUGGAACCUGAUCGGUAACAUUUCCAAUGAUACCAAGAUCUCAAACAGCGGAUAUCUGACCAUUGCUACCGACGAGACCGCCGAUUCCAUUGCUGUAGUUGUUCACUCUACUACCGACAAGUCAUUCAAUGGAAAAGGCACUGUCAACGUCGAAGUUACCGAUUAA